GAUAAAGAAGUGGACGCACAGGCAACGUACGGUACAUAUGGCGCUAACAAUCUAUACAACCGUUACGGUAGAGGCCGAUACGGGCAGUCCAACUACUACGCCCGUUACGGAGGAGGUGCACAAUAUUCACCGGCAACCGGCACUUACUAUACUAGUCCCCAAUACUACUAUUCACCAUACACUAAUUAUUACUCUGCAUAUAAUCCAUAUUCAUAUUCAUACUCACGAAUGUACGGUUCAUACCCAGGAUAUUACGGUAACGGCUACGGCACCGGUUAUGGCACAGGUUAUGGCACCGGUUACGGUUAUGGUAACCAGGGUCUCACUGGUUACGGUACCGGCCAGUACGGGGCGGGUCAGUAUGGCGCUGGACAGUACGGAGCCGGGGCGGGUCAGUACGGACAGGCUGGCAUGGCUGGCCAAUAUGGACGUGGUGGUGGUGCUGGUGGUGGCGCUUAUAACCAAUAUGGCGGCGCAGGUAGGGGUGGCGCAGGUGGUGGUGCCGGUGGUGGUGGAGGCGCCGUACUGGGCGCUAGUGCUUACUCAUACGGCCCGUACCCACCACCGCCGCCGCCGCCCACAUCCUACCCGUAUAACCCAUACCAGUCGGGCCCCUACCAGCCCAACCCAUACCAGCCAACUGUCCAUGAUACAACUCAGUACGCCAUGCAAUCGGACGAUGAAAUGGGCAUGCAGAUUUUGUUUUUCAGUCGAAAAAACAACAAGACCGCUUACGUUAUUACCAAGGCCGGUGGCAUGGACAUUUGGAAGGGUUCAAAUUAUAACGCUAAUAAUCCGACCAAGUUUAUUGUACAUGGUUUUGCCGAUACGGCGUGGGCUGUAUGGAUGCGCAACAUGAAAGAUGAGUACUUGGCUGCCGGCGAUUACAACGUGAUACUUAUCGAUUGGACAGGCGGUGCCGGUCGACCAUAUGGACAGGCCGUGGCAAAUACUAAAAUGUUGGGCAUUGUUAUUGCCAAAGUGACUGAGGACUUAAAAAUUGUGUUCGGCACUAAAUAUAGCGACGUUCAUGUGAUCGGCCACUCGUUGGGCGCCUACAUCGCCGGUAUCGCCGGUUCCCGAUUGAAUGGCACAAUUGGUCGCAUUUCCGCUUUAGAUCCAUCAGGACCCAGCUAUGAUGGCCAGACAACCAACCCAGGCAAACUUAGCUAUACAAAUGCUCAAUUUGUGGAUGUAAUUCACACCGACUCGUGCCCAAUAACUGGCAUGGGCACUAUUGAGACUUUGGGUCAUGUUGAUUUUUUCCCCAAUGACGGUACUGACCAACCUGGAUGUCCCAACAAUCAACCCAGCGAUAUAUACGGACCUGGUAGAUGCAACACGGCCAGAUCGAUAGAACUGUUUACGGCCAGCAUUAGCAAUGCCAACCCUAAGGGCGUGGCCUAUCAGUGCACCGAUUAUCUCACAUUCCGGUCGGGCAGGUGUUCGUAUAGUAGGAGUGCCAGCGGUCUUAACUAUGCGUUUAUCGGCGAACCUGCUAUAAUAACCAGUGCUUAUACCAAAAAUUCACCUGGUAAUAAAUACUAUUUGACUACUGGCGCCAUCUAUCCCUAUUUAAACAAUAAUUAA